AUGGGAGCCUCAAUGCCCAUCGUGGGCCGAAGUCUCGCUAUCCUCAUCGUCUCAAUUGUGAUGAUGUCUAUUUCCAUUGUGACGGUUUCAUUACGAAGUUUUGUACGACUGAAUAUCAUCCGGGCGUUUGGCUGGGAUGAUGCUUUGAUGGUUGCUGCUUUGAUCCUGUUUAUACUUUUGAAUGUUUGCGGCAUAAUUGGAACAAUGAAUGGGGUAGGGCAUACGCGUUCAGAUUUUACCAGUACGGAGAUUUAUAAGAAAGCACUUAUGUGGUGGUGGCUUGGUCAAAUGCUCUACGUAUGGGCCUCAGCAGUUGCGAAAAUAUCAAUUGCCGUUGCGCUUCUCCGGUUGGCCGUCGAAAAAUCUUACCGAGUGAUACUUUGGAGCAUCAUUGUUAUUGCCAUUGCUAUCGGACUUAUGUUCUGGCUUGUGCUGCUCUUCCUCUGUAAUCCGAUCUCAUACUUCUGGGAACGAGUGGAUGCAACCAGCACGGGAACAUGCUUGCCCAUGUCCACAGUUUUGGAUAUCGCUUAUUUUUACAGCUCUGUGACUAUAUGUUGUGAUUUAUCACUUGGUCUGUUACCAGCUUUCCUCGUCUGGAAACUGCAAAUGAAUACCCGGACGAAGUUUGCAGUAGGAGGAAUCCUCGGGUUAGGGGCCGUUGCGGCUGUGGCAGUGAUAUGCCGACUUCCGUUUCUACGAUUCUAUCCCGAUGAUGAUUUCCUUUACUCUACCUACCAAAUCGCCAUCUGGUCUCUUAUUGAGACCGGUCUGGGAAUUACUGCAGGCAGUCUCAUCACUCUUCGACCUUUAUUCCAAUGGCUCCUGGAUGCACAUUCGACUCACAAUCAUAAGUCACCCCGGCAAGGGAUGUAUUCAAAGCCAUACCGACUGUCCAGCUUGCCAAGUGAGGCCAUCAGAGAAUCACAAAACACGAGAUACUGGCGCCCUGAUGUCGACCCCGACAACAACAAGAGUACAGUUGUCGCAGUCUCAUCACAGCGGAGAGAUAAACUCAGUAUUAGCAACAGCAGUCAGGAAGCUUUGUAUCCCGAGCCGCUCUCGCCAAAUCAUGUCACGAUACAGAAGACCUUUGUACAAACAGUGACAGAAGGAAAUAAAUAG